CCAAUGGAAAUAAGGGACAGUCUAAAGCAAAGCCUCGUAAAACAUGGCGUGAAAAAUACAUUGAUCAAGCCAUUGGAGAAUUCAAAUGCCCUAACUGCCAGAAUAUUCUAGAGACAAAGUUCAAGCUGAGAGAACAUGUUGAUGCCAAACAUAACCAGUUCAUGUGCCCAUUAUGUGACCAGUGCUUCAACACCAAUGAGGAAAGAGAUCUACACAGAUCAGCUCAUUACAAUUUCAAGAACACUGAUUCAUCAAUGGGGGAUUUCUUCUGUGAUAUAUGUGACGUACAAUUUACCUCAAAACAUAUUUACCUUUUACAUAUGCUUCAACCAGGACACAUAAAGAAAAGAGGUUCUACAAAGUUAUGUAUACAAUGUGAAACCUGGAUACCCAAUACAAAUUUUAAGAAGCAUCUUUCAUCUAAGCAUGACUUCUCAGUUACGCAGUGUUACAUAUGUAAGGAAAAAUUACCCACUAGAAAUACAAGAAGAAAAAAACAAUUGAAUUCAGCAUUUGAAAUGCAGAGACAUCUGUAUGAGAAACACAAACAACGUAAUUAUAAUUGUGUAUUUUGUGAUCAUACAUCUUUUAUUUUGGUAUAUUUGACUAGUCACAUCGUAGAUACACAUCACCGUUUGAGGGUUCGACAAUGUAAAUUAUGCACCUUCACAUAUCGAGCUCGGCACCAAAUCCAAACCCAUGUUAGGAAAGCUCAUAAAUUGGGCACAUCAUGGGUCUGUAAUAAAUGUGGUGACACCUUUGAAUCAUUCAAAAUGAAAGUAGCACAUAUAGCUAGAAUGCACCCUACUUUGAUGACUUGUGAGUAUUGCGGUAAAGAACUUAGCCGCAAAAAUAUGAACCAGCAUGUUCGAGUACAUACUGGGCAUAAGCCUUACAUCUGUGAACAUUGUGGAGAGAAAUUCGCACAGAAAAAUUCACUCAAUUGGCAUAUGUCGUCGAAACAUUCUCACUUGGAUGAAGAAAAAAAUACUUCUAAAAAACUCAAAUCAACUGGAAAGUGGAAAAAGAGGAAAAGUUAAGGUUAAUAUUUGUUGUAUUUGUCAUAUAUUCUUCUGGAGGAGAAGCUAUAAUAUGGAUUGAAAUCAAUCCUUUAGAAAAAUUUCAUCAUUUGUCAUUAAUAUUUAAACACAUCCGGCUGGCAUGAAUGGUAUUCAGUUGUCAAAAUGAUACAUGUAUUUUAUAGGUAAACAUUGAAUUGAAAUAAUUAUAGAAUAAACUUUCAUGUAAAGGUGAAUUGUAUCACAGAUUUACAAAAUAUGGAUUUUCAUUUUAACAAA